GGCCGAACAUCGCCACAGUUAAAAGUUCAACUACCACAUGGAGGAAUAUUGGUGGGACGUCACCUAAUAACGAAUAAAGGUCGUCAUAUGCGAGCAUUUAUGGGUGUCCCAUACGCAGAACCUCCUGUGGGAAAAUUACGUUUUAAGCCACCCGUUCCAUAUCGUGCAUGGAGUGGAGAAAAGCAAGCGAUAGAAGAUUCUCCAAAAUGUACACAACGUGAUCCCUUUCGACGGGAUAUGGAAAUAGAAGGCAGUGAAGAUUGUUUAUACAUAAAUGUCUAUACACCAGAGGUACCCAAUACCAAAGAAACUUUACCGGUUAUGGUUUGGUUCCAUGGCGGUGGCUGGGAAUGUGGUUCAGGUAUUAGCAGUUUUUAUGGUCCCGAAUUUUUGCUUAACCACGAUAUUAUUUUGGUAUCGGCCAAUUUCCGUUUGGGUCCACUUGGAUUUUUAAGUACUGAAACAUUGGACUGUCCUGGUAAUUUUGGAUUAAAGGAUCAAUUGGAAGUAUUGAAAUGGAUACAGACAAACAUAGCGGCAUUCGGCGGUAAUCCGAAGAGUGUUACGAUUUUUGGCGAAAGUGCAGGUGGUGCAAGUGUUACCUAUCACAUGUUGUCGGACAAAUCCAAAGGUUUAUUCCACAAAGGAAUUGCCCAAUCCGGAACAUAUUUCAAUCCAUGGGCACAGCCAGCCCAUAAAGGUGUACCCGCACAAAGAGCAAAGAAAAUGGCCAAACUUUUGGGUUGUCCAAGUGACGGCAAUUGGUCGAAAAUGUUAGAUUGCCUAAGAGAGAAGCCGGCAAAUGAUGUGGUGUCCACAAUUUAUGAUUUGUUUGAAUGGGAUUUCGAUCCCAUGAUACCAUUUCCACCUGUCGUGGAACCAGAACAUCCAGAUGCCUUCCUAACCAUUCUCCCACGAGCUGCUCCACCGCCACAUGGCUUGAAACUGCCGCUUAUGAUUGGAGCCACGUCCGAAGAGGGUCUCUUAAAAACAGCUGCACUUUUAAAUCUACCUCAUGUGUUGAAUGAUUUUAAAGCCAAAUUUGAUAAAGUGCUACCAAUCAUUCUAAACUACGACCACUUAAAGGAAUCAGAACAACAGGAGAUCAAUCAAAAACUGCAAGAAUUCUAUCUUAAAAAUGGUCAUGAUUAUGAUAAAUUCAAUCAUCAAAAUAUAACCGAUUUAAUAUCGGAUGGCUGGUUCAUUGCCGGCAUUGACGAAUAUAUACGUUUGCGAAUACAAAACCUCAAGAACUAUCCGCAGAGUGUUGGUCCAACAUUUGUUUAUUUAUUCGAACAUAAAGGUGCUGCAAGUUUCUCGGAAUUAUUUAAAGGAGGUCGUGAAGAUUAUUAUGGUGCCUGUCAUGCCGAAGAAUUGCAAUAUUUAUUCCCUAUUGCCCAUAGCCUUUUUGUUAGCGCAUCGCCCACGGAAAAUGACUUGAAUGUAAGAGAGAUUAUGCUUGAAUUGUGGGUUAAUUUUGCUAAAACAAGUAAUCCAACACCUGCCGAAUCGAAUCUGUCCACGUGGAAACCCGCUGAAACCUACCCUGUAACAUUUGCCAAAAUUGGUAGUAAAAAUGAAGAUGAAAAGAUUCUGCUUAGAUAUGACAAAGAACUGUAUCAACAAAGAGUGGAUUUUUGGAACAAACUCAAACCUCACGUCCCAGCCCAGGAAUUCAAACUGCAUGAUGAACUGUGA